AAUAAGGCGCACCAUGGGAUGGCGGAAGUGGCGUGUUUUUGGUUGCAGCAUGCUUAGUUGUAGUAAGUCGCUGGUUAAAGAAGAACUGAAGCUGUGGGUGUGAGAUCGGGAAUGGCAGAGGCUCAUCAGGCGCGCGUGCAGAAGGCAGUGGAGGACAUGGUUCAGAGUCUCGAGAGAGAGCACAUUCGGAAGAUGCAGGGCCGCAUGUUCCACUGCAGUGCCGAGUGUUGUGAGCGUCCCGGCGAGUCCAUGAACCAGGUGCACCAGUGUAUCGAGCGCUGCCACACACCGCUGGCUAAAGCUCAGGGACUGGUCACUAGUGAGCUCGAGCAGUUUCAGGACCGUCUCUCGAGGUGUACGAUGCACUGUAACGAUAAAGCCAAGGACCUGUUUGACUCCGGGGCGAAGGAGCCUGCUGUGCGGGCACUGAUGGACAGCUGUGUGAGCAGCUGUGUGGACGAGCACCUGAACCUGCUGCCCAGUGUGACCCGCAGACUGAAGGACAGCUUGAACUCAAUACCUCAGUGAAGAUCAGGCUGUAGGAAAUCAUUCUUGUGAACUCAUCUGUUUACUAGGAAGAUUAGCUUUCCGAUUUGUGAGUGAUGUGUGUUGAUUACUGUCUGUAUUGUUUGUGGCUUUUUUUUACAGGCAAUAAAUGUGACUAAAUCAA